GCUGUGCUCUUCUGCACCUUCCCACUCUCCAGUCGCUGUACUUCUCUGUCUGACGCUGGCCUCCAAGCUGUUCCGAGUGCCCUGGCCCCUCUGAUUACUUCUGAGCACCGUGUGCAGCUUGAAAGAGCAGGGGACUAGACCUGUUUUCUUCUGGGACAUUUGCAGCCUCUAACAGGGAUGCAUCUCUCCACCUUUUACCAAAUUGCCAGAAGCUGUCCCCAGUGGUAGCUAAGCAACCCUCAUCUGUCCAGGGGUGGCAGCAUUUACCUCACUGGCACAGACUCAGUUACAGCUAACAGGGGCUUUUAAUGACUAAGAAGACACUUCCACCACAGGGGAACUCCAGGGAAUUUAGGGGCUCUGGACCAGGAAUCAGGUUCUGAAAGGAGGAAGGAGUUGACAGAUCUGGAUGGCUUGCCCUGACAGGAGGGAGGGCGCCCAGCCCGGGAGUCCUGGCUGGGACCUGAAGCAGAGUGGGGCCUGCCUGGCCCAGGAGCAGGUAGCCGGCCAGCUGGCUGUGCUGAAGAAAGCACAGGAGUUCUUCCAGGCCUGUGACGUGGAGGGCAAGGGCUUCAUUGCCAGGAGCGACAUGCAGAGGCUCCAUGAAGAGUUGCCCCUCAGCCUGCAGGACCUGGAGGAUGUGUUCGAUGCCCUAGAUGCUGACAGCAAUGGUUUUCUGACCCCAGAGGAGUUCGCUACUGGAUUUAGCCACUUCUUCAGCCAUAGUAACUCAAGUCAGGAGGAUGCACAUGAGCAGGUGUACCAGUCCGGAGGAGACGGGGACGCUGGGCAUGUGGACCAGGAGGAGGAAGCCCAGUUCCAGGUGCUGAUGGACAAACUCGGAGCACAGAAGGUGUUGGAGGAUGAAAGCGAUGUCAAGCAACUCUGGCUGCAGCUGAAGAAAGAGGAACCUCACCUGCUGUCCAGCUUCGAAGAUUUCCUGACUAGAAUUUUCUCCCAGCUCCAAGAAGCCCAUGAAGAGAAGAACGAACUGGAAUGCGCCCUAAAAAAGAAAAUUGCUGCUUAUGAUGAAGAAAUCCAGCAUCUCUAUGAGGAGAUGGAGCAACAAAUCAAAAGCGAGAGGGAGCAGUUUCUCCUGAAAGACACAGAGAGGUUCCAGGCCCACAGUGAGGAGCUGGAGAAGAAACUGCUUGCCAAGGAGCAGGAGCUGGAGCGACUCAACCAGAAGCAGAAAAGGCUGGAGGGCCAGUGCACAGCCCUACACAAUGACAAGCAUGAGACCAAGGCCGAGAACACCAAGCUGAAGCUCACAAACCAGGAGCUGGCGCGGGAGCUGGAGCGCACCUCGAGGGAGCUGCAGGACGCUCAGCAGCAGCUAGAGAGCCUCCAGCAAGAGGCCUGCAAGCUGUACCAGGAGAAGGAGAUGGAGGUGUAUCUUGUGACGGAGAGUCUGCAGCGAGAGAAGUCGGGGCUCCUGAAGCAGCUGGAUUUCCUAAGGGAGAGGAACAAACAUCUCCGAGAUGAACAAGAUAUAAGCUUUCAGAAAGAUAAGGCAGCCAAGGCAAACACAGCUGCUUCCAAGGCAAAUUGGAAGCAGAGAUCUGGCUCUGUGAUCGGCAAAUAUGUGGACAGUGGAGGGAUUCUUAGAAGCCAGUCCGAGGAGGAAGAAGAUGUAUUUAGCAUUCCAAGAGGGAAGGGCUCCCUGGGCCUGGGUGCAUGCCCCCUCACAGAAGAGGAACCUGAGACCAGCGAGCCAGGGGCUGAGAGUCCACUCCGACGGCCACUUCGCAGAAUCAUCUCCAUCGAGGAAGAUCCCCUGCCCCAACUCCUGGAUGGUACCCUUGAGCAACCACUGAGCAAGUCCCCUGAAGAGGAGGGGGCCUCCAGUCAGGGGGUAGAGGGACCAGUCCAACAGGCCCCACCCUUGACACUCUCCCCCACAUCUCCCCGAGGGCAGCCUGUCGGAAAAGAAGCCCUCUGUCAGGAGGAAAGCUCGCCAUCCACUCCAGACCGACUGUUCAAGAUCGUGUUUGUGGGCAACUCAGCUGUGGGGAAGACGUCCCUCCUGAGGAGGCUCUGUGAGGACCACUUCUCAGCAGGCAUUGCGGCCACUGUGGGAAUUGAUUACCGAGUGAAGACGGUGAAUGUGGAUGGCUCUCAAGUGGCCCUGCAGCUGUGGGACACGGCUGGACAGGAGAGGUACCGCUGCAUCACCCAGCAAUUCUUCCGAAAGGUUGAUGGCGUCAUCAUCGUGUACGACCUCACAGCCAAGGAGUCAUUCCUGGCAGUCCGGCAGUGGCUCAGCAGCAUAGAGGAGGCUGUGGGAGACCGUGUUCCUGUUCUUCUGCUGGGUAAUAAACUUGACAAUGAGAAGGAGCGAGAAGUUCCUCGGGGCCUGGGGGAGCAGCUUGCCAAGGAGAACAACAUGAUCUUCUAUGAGUGCAGUGCCUGUUCUGGUCACAACACCAAAGAGUCCCUGCUCCACCUAGCCAGGUUCCUCAAAGAACAGGAAGACACAGUGAGAGAGGACACUAUUCAAGUUUGCCGUCCCACCAAGAAGAAAUCCUGCUGUGGAUGACAGGAGGCCCUCAAGGACUGGGCACCCCCAGCCCCAGCCUGCAGGGCUGCUCUGACCCUGCAGAUGGGCUCCUGUGCCACAGCCCCUGGCAAGGCCCACCCAGACUUCUGUCUUUGUUGGGGAUUUGCCUUCCCUAGAGGAAGGGAAGCCAGUGGGUCAGCCUGCUGCUAUCAAGCAUCUCUCCUAGAUGCCCAGAGUCCAUUCCUUUCUUUCCCCUCCAGCUUGGUUUCUUGGGGGAAUGAAACAGGUGGGCCUUUCCAGAAAAACCACCAGGUGCCUUCUCUGCCUCCCUUCUCCCCUUGCCCUUAGGAGCAGUUCUGUUGCAGUUGCCAUGGCAACUGGGCCAACUUGCUGCUUCCUGGAGGCCAAAGAUGCACCACUUGGGUGAUGCCAGAGUUGCUUCUCUUGUUUUGACCCCCAUUCUCCAGAGGUCAAAAGGGUACUCUUGGCACCUGUUUCGUGGACCUUGACAGGGUUGAAUUGUUGAAAGAAGCAAAUCUCUGCCCAGAGCCUCUGCUCCUCCUCUAUCCAAAGCCGCAGAGUAGCCUCCUGGUGGUCACCAUGCCCACGGAUUGUCUCCUUUUGGGUCUCUAGAGCAGUGCCUCCCAACGAACCCACAGCCUUUUCUGCCCACCCCCAGUGACAACCUUGACUCCAGGCUGAGCUAAGGGUGACAAUUUAUGUCUGGAGUUAGGGAGUCGACUUUCUUCCUACUUAACUCUGACUAAGAGAUGAAGAGAAAACAAGGGGGAAAACCAUCUGCUGCUAAAGGGAGCGACCAUCCCUGGAGGGUAUAAGUAAGGUAUAGACAGCUAUAUAAAGCUAUGUUCUAAAGUGCCUCAAAAUAGCUCUGAAAAAUCAUGCGUGAUGAUUAAUGGAGGAGAUUGACAUGCAGGCAAUGUGGCCCAGCAGUAGGGCCAUAGUUACUGACUUCGUUUUAUUUCCAUUUUUGCAGUAGAAUGUAUUCUUCUGUAAUGUUGGCACUUUGCUGGUGUUUUGAAAAGUGACUAGAGUGUAGCUGCUGGCUUUGACACAGGCUGCUCGGACAGAGGGAAAGAUCUGGGUCCCCAUGAGAGUCCUUCCACUGGAGGGGGGCUGUUUCUACUACUGGAGUGCCCCAGGCAUCACUGGAUGGGAGCUGGGGUGCAGGCAAGGGCAUUCAUGCUUGUCCUGGGUAGGAGACCAGAUAAAAAGAUCACAAGAUCCAUAACAACUGCAGUUCUGGACUGCAGGCCCAGGUGCCACCAGGAAGGCGGGGGUUCCAGACCCCAGUGUCUGGGCACGCUGAGCAGAAGACAGUAAGAAUGUCUUGAGGUCAGGCCCCAAGCAGAUGGCUGAAGACAACCCACACACAACCAGACAGAGGAGAGGCCACUAACUAGAGUUCCUAGGGGUAUUUCCAAGCCUCCUCCCCAGACCCCAGAAAGAGUCAGCCCCAAAGGGUCACCAGGCAAGAGGCACCUCCUUUCUGCAGACCUCUCUCGCUCUCUGUGUCUGUCUCUGUCUUUCGUCUCUCUCUGUCUCUCUCUAUCUCUGUCUCUCUCUUCCCUCACACUUGCAGGGACCAGAAACCCAUGAGGUGAGUGUCUGAAGGUCUGGUGCCCUCUCCCAUCACAGUGCAGGUGGGUUAUUCCACACUUGGGAGCUUCCUGCUGAAUUACUAAUGGUGGUGUAUGCAUUUUCCAUCAUUGACUGACUCCAGGUUCCCGUACAAGGUUUGUGAGAACUUUUAAGAAACUCUUGUCCUAAAGGAAGGGCAGUAGUGAUGGCCUCAUCAAGGGCUAUGGCAGGAAUGUGUAUGUGUGUGUGUGUGUGUGUGUGUGUGUGUGUGUGUGUGUAGGGCAGGGGGAAACCAGGGUGGUCAUAGAUCAGCUGCUCUGCUUCUGACCAAACACAGAGAUGGAACUGGGAUUAUGGGUAAGCAGACUUUACCUGGAGCUCCCUAAAUACUCAGACAUCUUUAUCCCCAUAACUUGUCCCAGCCUCGGGUUGCAUUUUCCCAUUUAUAAAAUGCCUUCAAGAGUUUGCAAGUCAUGCGGCAACCCUGCUACCUGUUGUGGGGGGGUAAAUGCCACCAUUCUUCAAAGGCCUGGCAGAGGAAGAGAGGGUAAGACCUCCACCAGUUUCAGGAGACUACAGGGAUUGUCUUCAGGCCAGGCCUCUGGGGAGCUUCUGCUGCCUCCUUUUGCAGCCUCACUGUAGAAGAGUGGAGAACAGUGGCUUCAGGGGAACUCUGAGAAGUCCCUUGUCUCCUCCCUCCUAUCCAUUUAAGCCACCAGGUUGAUCAGAGCCACCCUGGAGGUAACCUUGGCCCAGUGGCUAGCAGGAUGCCCAGAAGAGCCUUCUGGUUCUGUCCCAUUUGCAUUGCUAUAACAAUCUCAAGCCAGUCAUCUAACUGAGCUGUCCAUUCAUCCACAGUCUAGGUAUCAACAUAUACCUCCCCCGGGGCAUCCCAAAUGUUAAAGGACAUAACGGAUGUAAAGUACCUACCACAGUACUCAGAACCUCAUAGGUGCCAAUAAGCAGGUGUAUGUUUUGGUCAGCACUGAGUUGCUGUCCGGUCUACUUGCCUUGCUUUGGUUUUUAGGUUGGGAACCAGCUAACAUUUAGCAAGCAUCUACCUGAACCGAGUCCAUUCACAGACACCACCUCUUUUGAGCGUCUCUCUGCUUGGCCUAUCUGCAAGGUUCUGAGCUCAGAUUUGACCUCACCAUUUGGCCUCAUGCCCUUUGUUCCUGGCUCUCCUGUCAGUGCCCACAUCCUGGCAGAACCUGUUACUUGAUUUCAGCCCUGAUCCACUCCCCACCUUGUCCAGGAUGCAGACAGCAGCUCAGACCUCAGGAUGGCUCUGGCUGUUUACCUGUGAGUGGCAAACGCUCUCGUUCAUAGCCACUUGUUGCCCUGCUCCCGCAGGGUAGUUUCUUAUGCUCUUUUGGGGGUUUGCCACUUGCCUUUAGCCAAGUGUUGCUGGUACAAGAGCUCUAGCACCACGCCAAUGACUAGGCUCAGCUCAUGUGGCACAUGUGUUUCCCUGCAGUCUCAUUAGGGUCUUCUGUUCCCUGUACAUCCUAGUUCUCCCUCUUUGUCCUGUAUUCUUUCCUGUCCUUAGGACUUGCACCAAGUCUUGGGCUCCCUGCUGUCCUCCUGGGUCCUCUCCAAGGUAUGUAUAUGUGCUCCAUUAAAAACGCUGGACCCUUUGUUCCUGCCCCAAGCAGUCACAGUUCUGGAGGAUCUUAAACCCAUCUCAGCGGAGGUACUCACCAAAUGGUGGCUCUAAGGCUGUAUUUGCUUACUAACAAAGAACUCUAAGGGAGGCAAAACUAACCAGAAUGAAGGCGUCCAGAGGGUUAAAUAAUAAACACUACAGUGGUCAUGGAGGUUACAUAUUUAAGAUGGAGCUGCCUCCUCUCCAUCAGAGACCUUGCUUGCUUCAUGCAUUUAGAGACUCUUGCUUGCUUUCAGAUAUACUUGCAACAGGGACGUGUUUGGGAUGUCUUGGGUCUUUUUCAUUAUGAGGUGCCCUCCUUUGUCUGCAGUAUCAACUUUUGUUUUAAAGUCCAUUUUGUCUUGUUAUCAUAGCCCCUUUUCGUUGCUGUUUGCCUAGUGUAUCAUUUACACUUAUUUCCAGCUUAUUUGUGUCGUGAAUCUAAAUUGAGUCUGUUGUUGACAGCAUAUAGUUAGAUCACUUUUAAAAACCUGUUUUUUUCAAUUUCUCUUUUAAUUGGAAAGUUUAAUUUGUUUGCAUCUAAUGCAGUUGCUAAAGCAGGAUUUAAAUCUGCUGUUUUGCUGUUUAUUUUCUACACAUAAUCAUCAUUUUUAUUUCUGUAUUCUUCCAUUACUGCAUUCUUUUGUAAAA